GUGAUGAAUGGACGAGUAAUGCGUUGCGUACUCACUAGAGAUCCCGAUAAUAUUUGUGCAAACACUUUGCUUCCAAAAUCGAUUCAGUUUGAUGAAUCCAGUAGAAAUUACCGAUGUCUAUGCAACUGUUUCCACAUCAAAACUGGAACACUUGUCAUUGCCAGUACAGAACUUCUAAUGUUAUUGAUCUUUCUUUUGAAUUCUAUAUUGAUGUUUUACAUGGAAUUUUUCUGGCGGAUAAUUGCAGGUACACACGACAGUUAUGUGAUAGAACCAUUCCCCAUAUCCAUCAUUGGCAUUGGUCUCAGCUCUUUAGCAGUUGUUCUGCUCUUUAUUGGAGUUAUUCGUAAUACAGCUGCUUUGCUUAUUCCUCACCUUAUCGCACAGGUAAUUGCGAUAACGUUGCUUGCAUUUGCCUUGACUUGCAGUAUCAUUGCAUUUUCUACUGACACAAUCAUAUUUUAUCGUCUGAUGAAUGGAAUUUCAUUUAAGCAACAUCCUAGUACUACAACAUUAUCAAUGGAUGUCCAGACUACCAUACGAUUUAUCUCUGUCUUCAUCUUCUACCUCAUUUGUUUUUGUUGGUAUGUAGUUAUAACUUACAACUGCUACCGUUAUCUCAAGGAACGAUGUCAAUAUAUGAAUUAUUGCCUUGCAUUCAGUACUCCAAUGAAAACACUCACAACUCGAUGA